GGGAGGAGCCUGGCUGGAUUUUUGGGCUCUUCCGAGGAAACAAAAGAAAUUGCAUGAAGUGCAAAAUGCAUGGUAACUCGAGGGUCUGAUUGCAACAGGCCGGAGCCAAGAAAUUCCUCCCAGGGGGUCACAAGCCAUUGCGCUGCGCCAGGGCUUUUACACGCGGCGCUCUGGGAGAGGGAAGAGCAGGGGAGUGUCCUGGGUGGAAAUGCUCUGGUCUUGUCGGCACUUGAAAGUUAACCUGGAGUAAGCAGGCAAGGGCGGUCCCACCAGCGGCACCAUGACAGAGUGCUUUGACUGCGACAACUGCAAGGAGUCGCUGUACGGGCGCAAGUACAUCCAGAUGGACGAUGGGCCCUACUGCAUCCCCUGCUACGAUGCCCACUUCGCCAACACCUGUGAUGAAUGCAAGGAGCUCAUCGGCCACGACUGCCGGGAGCUGUACUACGAGGACCGGCACUACCACGAGCACUGCUUCCGCUGCUUCCGCUGCGACCGCUCCCUGGCCGACGAGCCCUUCACCUGCCAGGACGAGGAGCUGCUGUGCAAUGACUGCUACUGCAGCGAGUUCUCCUCCAAGUGCAUCGCCUGCGAGAAGACCGUCAUGCCAGGGUCCCGUAAGCUGGAGUACAAUGGGCAGACCUGGCAUGAGCACUGCUUCAUCUGCAGCAGCUGCCAGCAGCCCAUCGGAUCACGGUCCUUCAUCCCCGACAAGAAGGACUACUACUGCGUCCCGUGCUACGAGACCAAGUUUGCUCCGCGCUGCACUCGCUGCAAAAAGUCUCUGACCAAGGGUGGCGUGACUUACCGGGACGAGCCCUGGCACAAGGAGUGCUUCGUCUGCACCGGCUGCAAGACGCCCCUGGCUGGGCAGCAGUUCACCUCCCAGGACGACAACCCCUACUGCAUCCACUGCUUCGGCAGCCUGUAUGCCAAGAAGUGCAGCGCCUGCUCGAAGCCCAUCACAGGCUUCGGCGGUGGCAAAUACGUCUCCUUCGAGACGCGCCACUGGCACCACAACUGCUUCAACUGCGCGCGCUGCAACACCUCGCUGGUUGGCAAGGGCUUCAUCCCCGACAAAGACGAGAUCCUGUGCCGCGACUGCAGCAGCGACCUCUGAGCCCCGCCAGCCGGCCCCGGGGCUCCAGCUGCCCCCCAUCGUGUGUUGGGCUGCCUGGAGGGGUGGAGGACGACCCCUCGUGGCUGCUCCCCACUGCCAAGGCUGGAUCUAAGCAAAAAAUAAGGAGCUUCUGUACCCAUCAUUAUUAAUCUUUUCUUUCGCUUGCUAUCGCUCAGGCGCUGGCUGGGCCACGAGCCCCACCUGAGCG